UCUGACAUGGCUGAGGUACCGCCACCACAAGUCGAAAUAGACCCGGAAUUUGAGCCUCUCUCCCGCCCACGGUCCUGCACCUGGCCGCUGCAACGACCGGAGCUCAACGACCCGGCCAGCUCCAACACUUCCUCCCCGGCACCGUCGGUGAAGCAGGAGCCGGGAGGAAACACCGACUUCAUCAGUAACCUCGGCUUGUUAGAGGAAGAUUAUGAGGAGUACACAGAGCACAAACCGCCAGUGCCCUGCAAUGAUUUUCAGUGUCGGGAGGGAGACGGUGUGAAUCUACAUCCCCACCACCACCGGCACCAUCUUCAGCGGCAGCAGCAGCAGCAGCUCCCGGGUCUGCAGCUGCCUCCUCAGCAACAGGUGCCUCCUCCCGGGGUCGCACCUUUGGGCAGCUCCGGCCAGAGGAAGAGCAGCACGUCCCGUCGUAACGCCUGGGGCAACAUGUCGUACGCUGACCUGAUUACCAAGGCGAUAGACAGCUCACCUGAGAAGAGGCUGACACUGUCUCAGAUUUACGACUGGAUGGUCAAGAAUGUGCCUUACUUCAAGGAUAAAGGAGACAGUAAUAGUUCCGCGGGCUGGAAGAACUCCAUCAGACACAACCUGUCCCUACACAGCCGCUUUGUGCGCAUACAGAACGAGGGAACAGGAAAAAGCUCCUGGUGGAUGCUGAACCCAGAGGGGGGAAAGAAUGGAAAGUCACCUCGGCGUAGAGCUGCCUCCAUGGACAACAACAGUAAGCUUGCCAAGAGCAGAGGAAGGGCCACAAAGAAAAAGAUGGCUCUACAGGAAGAGGUUGAGGGAGGAGCAGGUAGCCCUGGCUCCCAGUACCCUAACUGGCUGGGAAGCCCAAACUCCCACAGUAAUGAGGACUUUGAAGCCUGGAGCUCUUUUAGGACGCGCACCAGCUCUGACGCCAGCACCCUGAGUGGUCGCCAUUCACCUUACCCUUCUGAACAGGAUGACCUGGGGGAGCCUGAUGGCCACAUGAUGUAUCCUGGAGCGGUGGGGACCAAGAUAACCCCCACCCUGCCCAGCCUGUCUGAGGUGGCCGGAUCCAUGGGCCAUAAUGGCUCGGAGAACGUCAUGGAGAGUCUGCUGGAUAACCUGAACCUGCUGUCUCCUAAACCUCCCCAGCGGGGUUCUGACACCUCACAUUCCUCAAAUACUGCUAUGCUUCAGAGUAGCCCCUACAGUUCCACUGGCUUGACACCACACCCACAGCAGGACUACCGUAAGUGCAUGUACAGCCAGAUGAGGAUGAACUCCCUGUCCCCUACUCCCAUGCAGACACUUCCAGAGACCAAGCCAGGCUUUGGGGCUUAUGAGAGCCAGUACAUCUGCCCUGCUGGCCUCCUCAAAGAGCUGCUGACCUCAGAAGCAGAUGCCAGUAGGGACAUGAUGCCCUCUAGGGACACACAAGUGUCUCAGGUUGGGAGGGGAGGUUGCCUAAUGCCCACUUACAGCAGCCAGAGCCAUGUGGGGGGUCAUAAUGGAGUAAAAAUGAUGAAUCAUUCUCAGAAUCACCCAGUUCCUCAUGUAAACCCACAAGGUAUACAUAGCCAGGGCCCUUCAACCUCACGAGACUUAAAUAGCUGUAACAUGAUCCCCCUGACUAGUCUGACUAGUCUUUCAGGGCAUCCCCCUCGAAUGACGAGCCUGAGGACAUGCAUGCAGCUGUCCCGUGGUCACCCAGCACACACUAAUGAUGUUUCGGCACGCUACAGUAGCAACAACGGCUACAGGGCACUUAAUUCGGUUCACCCACACGGUCAUCAGGAGAGGCUGCCCAGUGACCUGGACAAUAUGUCCCUUGAGAGGUUUGAAUGUGACAUGGAAACUGUCCUUCAUGAGACCCUCAUGGAUGGCGGGGCCCUGGACUUUAACUUUGACCCCGCAGCCGGGCCUCAUGGGUUUCCCCAGAGGGUGAAGACCACCACGCAUAGCUGGGUGUCAGGCUAGGACACAUGGUGGAUCACAAACAGGUGAGAUGAACAGUUAGUCUGGCGGUUUUUUUCGGCAUCACCAUCAUUCAGAAACUGGAAAAUGUAAAUCGGAAGAAGCCACCACCAUCACUCUCCACCAAGUUGCAGCUCCAUAUACAGUAUAACAGUGCAUGUUAUUACUCAACAUUAAGAGAGUAAACAAAAGAGGUUUAUCAUUCAUAUCCCAAUACUGAAAUAAGACAGAGCAGACAAAAAAUUCAUCACAGAAUAUAAUAUUUUGAGAUAGCUCAGAAAUUGAAUGAGGGACAAGUCUGCUUUAGCAAAGUAGCCUUGUUUACAGUUACCUGUCAAAAACUGGAAAUAUGUAAAUAUUUGUUUAUUUUUGUUGAUUCAUGCAUUUAUACAUACAAUGCAGUAUAUUACAGAGUACCUGACAAAAAGGUAGAGCUCAAAUCAUUUCUCAAAAUCUAGGAUUUGCGGCCAGUCUGACAUUGGGCCAACACUGCACAAGAACUUUUUGUUUUAAGACUGAACUUUGCAGCCAUCAGUAGGCCCAGCUGAGAAUACCUGAGACUGCAAGGUACAGAGGUGACACAACAACCUGAGUUAUAAGUCAGGCUUUGACCACAUACUCCCCUGCAGGUGAUGAAAGAAGAUUUAAAAUCAGUUCUUUACUUAAUUCCUUUUAGAUAAAGGAGCCAAUUUUGGGGGUAAUUUGGGCAGCUGUAUUUGGUCCAGUGCUUAAAAUGUCUGUAUGAUUUGAAAAUAGCACCCAAAUCAAAAAAGGAGGACUUGAUAUUCUAGUGGAUGAAAAACCUGCCAAAUCUGACAUUCUGUAUAGUGUGAUCAGUGACAGGAAUUUCAGUUUUUAAGGGUUCAAUCUGAGAAGAUAAAGCAUCCAGCCUUUAAUGGCAAGUGUUAAUUGUCAAGAGAGAUCAUUAGGCUUAGAUGCUACAUAAAGCGGUGUGUAUCAUCUGCAUAGUGACACGUAUUAACUUUUUUAAAAUAGUUAAAUUUAAAUAACCCAGAGGUAAUGUACAGGGACAGGAAUAGACCUCUGGGCAAUUCUGCAUAGCAGAUUAUGAAACAAACACCAAUAAAUCCUGAAAGUAUUCUCAUUGGCGUGCACACAAUUUAAAUGUUUAUAGACAGAUGUGGUACAGUGCUGUCAAAUUCAGCACUUGAGUUGGAUAUAAGCCAUAUCUCCUCACCAUUAGAUUUCAUUAGUGACCAUGAGACCAGCUGCGUCUAUAAUGAAUGAAAUAAAUUCAUCAUUCAUAUAGUGUGUGAAGGUAUUUAUUUAUGUUUUUAUUCUAAUUGUAGCUGUUGGAUUCUUGCUUUGUACUUUGUAUGCUUGUAAAAAUAUGUGUGCCUAUGUGGUAUCCAGUAUACUGUAUUUGAGUUACAUAUUGUGAUGCUGUAUUUUGAUUGAUUAAACUAAUAUCCAAUAAAGAAAUUACAGAUACAUUUGAGAUGUAGCCUUCUAAAAACAGUCAAAAUCAAAUCUGUUUUUAUCACCUUCUGAAAAAGGGACAUUUUGGAGAAUUCACCUGACUUGUGUUGUGUGAUAAAGUGGGAGUAGCAGUAAGUGCAGAGGCUGAUGAUGAAAUCCUCAACUGAAAGUUAAGUAGCACAGCAGAGGAUUUAUAUGCAGCAGCUACAGUUUUUUGCACCAAAGAGUAUACUCUACCAAACACAAUUUAAAGGAAGUGUGCCAAUUCACUGUGCCUACAUGGUCUCACGGACUUAUAAUGUACAUAUUAUUUUCUUUAGUAGUACAUUUUUGUAUAUGAAGAGUUUACAUGACUAGUUAGGAUUAUACUGAAGUAUUAUGCUGUAUGUAUGAUUGUGUUAGAAAUGGUUGUUUACAUAUCUCAAUCCAAACUAUAUCAAUAAAUAUAUGAACACUCAUACCUCAAAAUAUUUGACCUCUGAUGUGUUGAAGGGAGUUUUCCUGCAAUUUUCCUCAUUGAGUAAUCUAUUGAAUGUGUUUUCAUUUUUGUACAUAUUUUUUGUUUUCUCUUUUGUAUUUGAUUAAUACUGUUUGGACCUGUUCAGAGGGAAGUGUUUUCUUGUGCUUGAAGAUUGUAGCCAUUAGUUUCUAAGUAUUUUGUGACAGCACAGUAAAUACUUUUAAAUUAAACACAAAUUUGUGAGAAAUUAUAAAUUUUGAAAGAUAAAAAACAGGAAUAGGAAUAAGGAAUUCAGUAAACAUAAUUGAAUUAUAUUGUGGAAUAAAACUGCUUCUUCUGUAAUUAGAAAAGCUUAUCAAAACUGAAUGUGUGGUGGGAACAUUUUUAUAAUGGGUCAAAUAGCUACCUUGCACAAAUGAGAUUUUGUUCAUCUUAAAGACGCCCUUGAGUCUGUUACAUUUCAUUAUAAAAUAAAGUAUAAUAUAGUACAAUCUUUGACAUUACACAAAUGACGAAACCUACAAUUAUUUCUUCAGGAAAAAUGGAACAGUCUUAUUUUGUCUUUGAUAUCCACAUCCAGGUAUUUUUUUGAAAGAAUGUAGAUUUUUCUAUGUAACCCAUUCAAUGCAUAAAUCACCUUGCAAUUAAAGGAAGAAAAACAAAA